UAAACCGCGACCGAAACGAAGCGGCCUAUGCUCAGGACCCGAGCCUAGAAGAAAGAUAAGUGAGUCCUGAAUCCGAUUUAUUAUGGCUACACAAGUAGAUGAGGCAAAGGAUUUGCAGGUAGCAGAUAUUAGCGAUAAUGAGAUGAUGAAAUUUAGGCUGGUACAGUGCGGAUUGGCUAAUAACAUCCAAGCUGUUCAAGCUAAGAAAGAUGACUUCCUGCCCACACUAACAACAUUGCCUGUAGGACCUCCUCCUAUUCUUAAAUGCUUAGAGUCUCAAUUAGCUGAGUAUCUUCAAACUCCUGAACGACUACCGAUCCAUGCAGUGGAACGGGCUCAGAAGUUUUGGGGAAGAGAAAAGAAUGUUGAAAGUUUAUUUAACAUUGGAGCAUGCCCUCUACAGUCCACAUUACAAGUUCAAAGAAACCAGACAACAGGAGAACUACUAGGCUUCAAAGAGGUGCCACUAGAAAACACAGGAUUCACUGCUCAAAACUCACUAUCCAUGCUCAGGCAGCCUGGUCCACUGGCGGAUGCUGUACGCGGUCACUCAACAAACAAGCCAUUCUGGCCUGGAGGUCUUGAUGAGCCGUCUAUCGAGGCCAUCACAGAAUCUAUCCAAGUCAGUUUUGAUGAUGAUCUAUUGACAAUUCCUCCUGGUUUCGAGAAGGGUAUGAACUUCACAGAUGGAGCUGACAAUAAACCAGCUCCUGAAACCCUGAAACUUGCUGACCUUAUGACCUUAGAUGAUGAGGAGUUUGACCUUGGAAAUGAGGAAGAAAGUGACAAUGAAACUGUAAAUAAUGAAGGUAUUGCAGUCACAGGAGCUGAUGCUGGAGAUGCUGAUUUGUUAGAUGUCCUUCAACAGGCUGAUGAAAUAUCCAGGCCUCAGGAGAAUAUAACAGUGGAACCUCCUAAAACAGAGUGGGCCAUAAAGGUGGAUGUGUCUGCUCCAGUUGAUGAUUUCUACAAGAAGAUUCCAAACAUGGCCUAUCAGUGGCCAUUCGAGUUGGAUGUGUUCCAGAAGCAAGCAGUCCUUCGUCUGGAAAACCAUGAGAGCGUGUUUGUGGCAGCUCACACUUCAGCUGGCAAGACAGUCGUAGCAGAGUAUGCCAUUGCUCUGUCUUUGAAACACGGAACAAAAACUGUGUAUACAUCUCCUAUCAAGGCAUUAUCCAAUCAGAAGUAUCGGGAUUUUAAAAACACAUUUGAAGAUGUUGGACUGUUGACUGGUGAUGUCCAGCUGAAUGAUAAAGCAGCCUGUCUCAUAAUGACCACAGAGAUCCUCAGGUCUAUGUUGUACAAUGGAUCAGACACCAUAAGGGACUUGGAAUGGGUCAUAUUUGAUGAAGUUCAUUACAUCAGUGAUGCAGAGAGAGGAGUUGUAUGGGAAGAGGUGCUGAUUAUGUUGCCCAGUACUGUUAAUGUUAUCCUACUCAGUGCUACAAUACCAAACACAAUGGAAUUCGCUAAUUGGAUUGGGAGGACGAAACAGAAAUACAUAUAUGUGAUUAGUACUUUGAAACGUCCCGUACCGCUGGAACAUUUUUUAUACACAGGCAACAGUAAUAAAACUAGUGAUCAACUUUUUUUGAUUGUCGACAAAAAUAACAAGAUGGAUACAAUCGGUUACAAGAAAGCAUUGAAUGCUAAGAAGGAUAGAGAGAGCAAGUCAUCACAGAGCUUUGGAACUAAAGGUGCAAGGGGUGGAUUCUCAAAGAAUGACAAGAAUGUAUAUUUAUCUCUUGUUGAAAUGCUUCGGAAGAAAUCCCAGCUACCAGUUGUUGUGUUUACGUUUUCCAAGAAGAAAUGCGAUGAGAAUUCGUCAACUCUGACUGCUGUCGACCUAACAACGAGCAGUGAAAAAAGCCAAAUCCAAAUAUUUUUACAAAAAUGUAUCAGUCGAUUGAAAGGCUCUGAUAGGAGACUUCCACAGGUUCUGCACAUGAGUGAGCUGCUAAAGAGAGGAAUAGCAGUUCAUCACAGUGGUGUCCUGCCAAUAUUAAAAGAAGUAGUUGAAAUGCUGUUCCAAAGAGGUUUAGUUAAGGUAAUUUCAAUUCCAGUUUG